CAAUUUUGUUGCUCUCAGUUUUUGUCAACACUGCGCUGUCCCUUGUCCUCGCUGAUCGAAUAUUUUUUUAAAAUCGGUUUUUUACACUGCGUACGCAUUUGUUAGCAGUGCGGUAAUAGUUGUUACGGUUCCGCAUGAUACAAAUGAUAUACACCAACAAAUAAAAAGGGAAAAUAACCGAAAAAACACCACUGAAAUAAAUCAAAUUAGGUGCGCGUGUGUGCUGAACAUCUUUUUUUUUGCAUUUGAAUACAUUAUUUUGUGGCCGUUUAAAGUUUUGUUGAAACAUUGGAACAUCGAGCGCAGGUCGCGACAAUUAAGUACAAAAGCAAAGGCAAAAGCAAAAGGCAAAUCAAAAUCAACAGGCAGCGAAACAGAAGCGGAAACAGAAGCGAAAGCGGAAACGCAAGUGCUAAAGAGUUGCUAGAGGAGAGGAGCAGCAAGGACAGACAGACGGACAGACAGACGGACGGACUUUAAGUCAGUGCCGUCGUCGCAUUAGGAACUUACACACGCCGGCGUCGAUCAGAACAGUCGCCAUCACGACGUCGCCGCCGCAAGCGCCGCCGCAGACAGCCGAGCAUUUGGAGGACGCCAGUGCUGGCGAUCGCGGGCGUGUCUACAAGCUGAGGAAGAAGAAAUACCUCAACAACGCCCACAUCACAUAGAUCAGGUCGAGCAUCGUCACGUCGUUGAAGUUGUUGUUCUUCUUCACAGUCUUGUGGAAGUGAAACGAAGAAGAACGUUCAGCAGCAGCAGGAGCAGCUUAAGAAGUCACAGCUAUGCCAGUGCAAUCGCCAAUCGAGAUCAGCAAUCGUGCCAUCGAGCAUAUCGACGAUGUCGAUCCACUCGAAUAUCAUGGCCACUGGGAGCCCGUUGGCGUUGCCCGCGUCCAAAACACUGGCACCUCGGCGAUGGUCACGUUCAGCAAACGCAAACAGCAGCCGUACAUCAUUGGCGGCGCCCUCGAUACGAAUAUGUAUGUGUUCGAGCAGCUGCAUUUCCAUUGGUCCGACUGCGAUGAGUCCGGCUGCGAGCACACGCUCGAGGGCAUGAAGUACUCGAUGGAGGCGCAUGCCGUUCACUACAAUGCCAAGUAUAAGGACUUUGCCGAGGCCAAAAACAAACCCGACGGUCUUGCGGUUGUUGCAUUCUUCAUUCAAGCCUGCGGCGACAAGGAUUGUCCCGAGUUCAAGAAGAUCACCGAGGGCAUUCGCAUUGUCCAAAAGAUACACACGAGCGCCUCCCUGGACUCGGAUUGCCUAUCUUGGAUUGGUCUGCAGGAGCUGAGCAAGCAUUAUUAUACCUACAAGGGAUCGCUGACCACGGCGCCGUACUUCGAGAGCGUCACGUGGAUCAUCUAUCGAACGCCCAUCUACGUUUCCCGCGGUCAGGUGAGCGUGUUUCGCAAUCUGCAAUCGUGUCCCAAGGACGAGUCCAAGAAGAUAGUCAACAAUUAUCGUGAGAUCCAAAGGCCGCACAAGGAUCCCGAAAUCUUUUUCGCCCGCAAUACAAACACCAAAUCCAAAUUAUGAUGUGCUUGCUAAUUUCUACUACCAAAAACUAAGAUGAAAAAGAAAACAAAACAAUCUAAUCCUUAAUCCUCACCAAAACACUCAACAACAACAACAACAACACUGCUGCAACAACAACAACAACAA